GGAGGCGGCGGGCCCAGCCCAGAGCCCGUCCCGGGCGCCGGCGAGCGAGCUCCAGCCGCGGCGGCAGCGCCAUCCCGGGCCGCGGGCAGCAGCGCCUCGCCCUCCGCGCCCGGAGCUGCCUUCGCCUUCCCGCGGCCCCGCCGCAGCCGGCCCGCGGCGCGCCACGGACGCUGUCCCCUCGGCGGAGCAGAGACCCUUUCCCCUUCUUAGGGGGUGUCGUCGCUGGGAUCGCUGAGCGCUAGGGGUCCAGGAGGCGGGGACGGGAGCGUCGUGACACGCCAUGGCUCAAGCGGCCAAACAGCUGAAGAAAAUCAAAGACAUCGAGGCACAGGCCCUCCAGGAGCAGAAGGAGAAGGAGGAAUCCAACAGGAAGCGGAGAAACCGCUCCCGUGACCGAAAGAAGAAGGCCGAUGCUGCUACCAGCUUUCUGAGAGCAGCAAGAUCAGGUAACUUGGACAAAGCUUUGGAUCACCUGCGGAAUGGGGUAGACAUUAACACCUGUAACCAGAAUGGGUUGAAUGGCUUGCAUCUGGCCUCUAAGGAAGGCCAUGUGAAAAUGGUGGUUGAACUUCUGCACAAAGAAAUCAUUCUAGAAACAACAACCAAGAAGGGGAACACGGCCCUGCACAUCGCUGCCCUGGCCGGGCAGGACGAGGUGGUCCGGGAGCUUGUCAACUAUGGCGCCAACGUCAAUGCCCAGUCGCAGAAAGGUUUUACACCCCUGUACAUGGCAGCACAAGAGAACCACUUGGAAGUGGUUAAGUUUUUACUGGAAAAUGGAGCUAACCAGAACGUAGCCACGGAAGACGGGUUCACGCCUCUGGCGGUGGCCCUGCAGCAGGGCCACGAAAAUGUCGUCGCGCACCUCAUCAAUUACGGCACCAAGGGGAAGGUGCGCCUCCCGGCCCUGCACAUCGCGGCCCGCAACGACGACACGCGCACUGCUGCGGUGCUGCUGCAGAAUGACCCCAACCCGGACGUGCUUUCCAAGACGGGAUUCACGCCCCUGCACAUUGCGGCCCACUACGAGAACCUCAACGUGGCCCAGUUACUCCUCAACAGGGGAGCCAGCGUCAAUUUCACGCCACAGAACGGCAUCACGCCCCUGCACAUCGCCUCCCGCAGGGGCAACGUGAUCAUGGUGCGGCUGCUGCUGGAUCGGGGAGCCCAGAUAGAAACCAAGACCAAGGACGAAUUGACACCUCUCCACUGUGCAGCUCGAAAUGGGCACGUGCGAAUCUCAGAGAUCCUGCUGGACCACGGGGCACCCAUCCAAGCCAAAACCAAGAACGGCCUGUCCCCAAUUCACAUGGCGGCUCAGGGAGACCACCUCGACUGUGUCCGGCUCCUGUUGCAAUACGACGCAGAGAUAGACGACAUCACCCUGGACCACCUGACCCCGCUCCACGUGGCUGCCCACUGCGGACACCACAGGGUGGCCAAGGUCCUUCUGGAUAAAGGGGCCAAACCCAACUCCAGAGCCCUGAAUGGCUUUACCCCCUUACACAUCGCCUGUAAAAAGAACCACGUUCGUGUCAUGGAGCUGCUGCUGAAGACGGGAGCCUCGAUUGACGCGGUCACCGAGUCUGGCCUGACACCUCUCCACGUGGCCUCCUUCAUGGGGCACUUUCCCAUCGUGAAGAACCUCCUGCAGCGGGGGGCAUCGCCCAACGUCUCCAAUGUGAAAGUGGAGACCCCACUACAUAUGGCAGCCAGAGCUGGGCACACGGAAGUGGCCAAAUAUUUACUCCAGAACAAAGCCAAAGUCAACGCCAAGGCCAAGGAUGACCAGACCCCACUUCACUGUGCAGCUCGCAUCGGCCACACAAACAUAGUGAAGCUCCUGCUGGAAAACAAUGCCAACCCCAACCUGGCCACCACUGCUGGGCACACGCCCCUGCACAUCGCAGCCCGUGAGGGCCACGUGGAAACAGUCCUGGCCCUUCUGGAAAAGGAAGCAUCCCAGGCCUGCAUGACCAAGAAAGGAUUUACCCCUCUGCACGUGGCAGCCAAGUAUGGGAAGGUGCGGGUGGCAGAGCUGCUGCUGGAGCAGGACGCACACCCGAAUGCUGCCGGAAAAAAUGGCCUGACCCCCCUGCACGUGGCCGUCCAUCACAACAACCUGGACAUCGUCAAGCUGCUGCUUCCCCGGGGUGGCUCCCCGCACAGCCCCGCCUGGAAUGGCUACACCCCUUUGCACAUCGCUGCCAAGCAGAACCAGGUGGAGGUGGCCCGCAGUCUGCUGCAGUAUGGGGGUUCAGCAAACGCCGAGUCGGUGCAAGGUGUGACGCCCCUUCAUCUGGCCGCCCAGGAGGGCCAUGCAGAGAUGGUGGCUCUGCUGCUCUCGAAACAAGCCAAUGGCAACCUGGGGAACAAGAGUGGACUCACUCCCCUCCAUCUGGUAGCACAAGAAGGCCACGUUCCAGUGGCAGACGUGCUGAUCAAACAUGGCGUCAUGGUGGAUGCCACCACCCGGAUGGGCUACACUCCCCUCCAUGUGGCCAGUCACUACGGGAACAUCAAGCUGGUGAAGUUUCUGCUGCAGCACCAGGCAGAUGUAAAUGCCAAGACCAAGCUAGGAUACAGCCCCCUGCACCAGGCAGCCCAGCAGGGACACACAGACAUCGUGACUCUGCUUCUGAAAAACGGUGCUUCCCCAAACGAGGUCAGCUCGGAUGGAACCACACCUCUGGCCAUAGCCAAGCGCUUGGGCUACAUUUCUGUCACCGACGUGCUCAAGGUCGUCACGGAUGAAACCAGUUUCGUGUUAGUCAGUGAUAAGCAUCGGAUGAGUUUCCCUGAGACAGUUGAUGAGAUCCUGGAUGUCUCGGAAGAUGAAGGAACUGCUCAUAUAACUAUAAUGGGGGAAGAACUCAUCGGCUCCAAGGCUGAGAGGCCGGAUUCCAGGGAUGUCGAUGAAGAGAGGGAGCUCCUGGAUUUUGUGCCAAAGCUAGACCAAGUGGUGGAAUCUCCAGCCAUCCCCAGGAUUCCCUGUGUCACACCCGAGACAGUGGUGAUCAGGUCAGAAGAGCAGGAGCAGGCAUCUAAAGAGUAUGAUGAGGACUCCCUCAUCCCCAGCAGUCCGGCCACCGAGACCUCAGACAACAUCAGCCCGGUGGCCAGCCCGGUGCACACAGGGUUUCUGGUGAGCUUCAUGGUCGAUGCCCGGGGUGGUUCCAUGAGAGGAAGUCGCCACAACGGCCUGCGAGUGGUGAUCCCGCCACGGACGUGCGCAGCGCCCACCCGCAUCACCUGCCGCCUGGUCAAGCCCCAGAAGCUCAGCACACCGCCCCCACUGGCCGAGGAGGAGGGCCUGGCCAGCAGGAUCAUUGCCCUGGGGCCCACAGGGGCACAGUUCCUAAGCCCUGUAAUCGUGGAGAUCCCGCACUUUGCCUCUCAUGGCCGUGGAGACCGGGAGCUCGUGGUUCUGAGGAGUGAAAACGGCUCCGUGUGGAAGGAGCACAGGAGCCGCUAUGGAGAGAGCUAUCUGGAUCAGAUCCUCAACGGGAUGGACGAAGAGCUGGGGAGCCUGGAGGAGCUGGAGAAGAAGAGGGUGUGCCGAAUCAUCACCACAGACUUCCCGCUGUACUUUGUGAUCAUGUCGCGGCUCUGCCAGGACUACGACACCAUCGGUCCCGAAGGGGGUUCCCUGAAGAGCAAGCUGGUGCCCCUGGUACAGGCAACGUUCCCGGAGAAUGCAGUCACCAAGAGAGUGAAGCUGGCUCUGCAGGCCCAGCCUGUCCCAGAUGAGCUUGUCACUAAGCUCCUGGGCAACCAGGCCACAUUCAGCCCCAUUGUCACCGUGGAGCCCCGGCGCCGGAAGUUCCACCGCCCCAUCGGACUUCGGAUCCCGCUACCUCCUUCCUGGACCGACAACCCGAGGGACAGCGGGGAGGGAGACACCACCAGCCUGCGCCUGCUUUGCAGCGUCAUUGGAGGAACAGACCAAGCUCAGUGGGAAGACAUAACAGGAACCACCAAACUUGUAUAUGCCAACGAGUGCGCCAACUUCACCACCAAUGUCUCCGCCAGGUUUUGGCUGUCAGACUGUCCUCGGACCGCUGAGGCUGUGAACUUCGCCACUCUGCUCUACAAAGAGCUCACCGCAGUGCCCUACAUGGCCAAAUUUGUCAUCUUUGCCAAAAUGAAUGACCCCCGAGAGGGCCGCCUGCGCUGCUACUGCAUGACGGAUGAUAAAGUGGACAAGACCCUGGAGCAGCAUGAGAACUUCGUGGAGGUGGCCCGGAGCAGGGACAUAGAGGUGUUGGAAGGAAUGUCCCUCUUUGCAGAACUCUCUGGGAACCUGGUGCCUGUGAAGAAAGCUGCCCAGCAGCGGAGCUUCCACUUCCAGUCAUUUCGGGAGAACCGUCUGGCCAUACCUGUAAAGGUGAGGGACAGCAGUCGAGAGCCGGGAGGGUCCCUGUCAUUUCUGCGCAAGGCGAUGAAGUACGAGGACACCCAGCACAUACUCUGCCACCUGAACAUCACCAUGCCCCCCUGCAGCAAGGGAAGUGGGGCUGAAGAUAGGAGAAGGACCCCGACACCCCUGGCCCUGCGGUACAGCAUUCUCAGUGAGUCCACACCAGGUCUUCUCAGUGGGACAGACCAGGCAGAGAAGAUGGCUGUUAUCUCAGAGCACCUCGGUCUCAGCUGGGCAGAGUUGGCCCGGGAGCUGCAGUUCAGUGUGGAAGACAUCAACAGGAUCCGAGUGGAAAAUCCCAACUCCCUGUUGGAGCAGAGCGUGGCCUUGCUGAACCUCUGGGUCAUCCGUGAAGGCCAAAACACAGACAUGGAGAAUCUGUGCACAGCCCUGCAGAGCAUCGACCGUGGCGAGAUUGUGAACAUGCUGGAGGGUUCUGGCCGACAGAGCCGCAACUUGAAGCCAGACAGGCGGCACGCAGACCGCGACUACUCGCUGUCACCCUCCCAGAUGAAUGGUUACUCCUCACUGCAGGACGAGCUGCUGUCCCCUGCCUCCCUAGGCUGUGCGCUUUCCUCUCCGCUACGUGCAGACCAGUACUGGAACGAGGUGGCCGUCCUAGACGCCAUCCCCUUGGUGGCCACGGAGCAUGACACCAUGCUGGAGAUGUCUGACAUGCAGGUGUGGUCCGCGGGCCUCACGCCUUCCCUGGUCACUGCUGAGGACUCCUCUCUGGAGUGCAGCAAGGCCGAGGACUCUGACGCCACAGGUCACGAGUGGAAGUUGGAGGGGGCACUCUCAGAGGAACCGCGGGGCCCCGAGUUGGGCUCUCUGGAACUUGUGGAGGACGACACAGUGGAUUCAGAUGCCACAAAUGGCCUUAUCGAUUUGCUUGAACAGGAGGAAGGUCAGAGGUCAGAAGAGAAGCUGCCAGGUUCUAAGAGGCAGGAUGACGCGACAGGUGCAGGGCAGGACUCAGAGAAUGAAGUGUCUCUUGUUUCAGGCCAUCAGAGGGGGCAAGCCCGAGUCACAUACUCCCCUACCAUGAGUCGGGUGACGGAGAGGAGUCAGGACAGACUGCAGGACUGGGAUCCAGACGGCUCCAUUGUCUCAUACCUGCAAGAUGCUGCACAAGGUUCCUGGCGAGAGGAGGUCACGCAAGGCCCACACUUAUUGCAGAGAACGAGCACCACGACCGAAGGGCUAGAGCCCAGUGGAUCUCAGGAGUACGAGAACGUCCUGGUGUCUGUAAGCGAGCACACGCGGACAGAACAGCCCGAGGCUGAGAGCUCCCAGGCCGAUAGGGACCAGAGGCAGCAAGGUCAAGGAGAGCAGGUGCAGGAGGCCAGGAACACCUUCACCCAGGUGGUGCAGGGGAAUGAGUUUCAGAAUAUUCCAGGGGAGCAGGUGACAGAGGAGCAGUUCACGGAUGAGCAGGGCAACAUUGUCACCAAGAAGAUCAUUCGCAAGGUGGUUCGGCAGAUAGACUCGUCCAGCACCGACGCUGCCCAGGAGCACGAGGAGGAUCACACCUCGACACCCAACCCCUGAACCUCACACACUCUGCCAUGCACACAGGAGGAGAGCUGGACCUGAGGGCCACCGCAGCGGUGCACACGUUCCUCUGGGCUGAUGGCAUGACCUCUGUAAGGGACUCCCGCUAGUCCCCUCUACGCAUGAAUGACUGACUGUAGACGCAUGACCUCCAGGCUUCAAUCCUGCCUCUUGCAAUGACAGCUGAUCUGUCGGAACCAGGACACAAAAGGAGCAAGAAGCGGGGAGAGAGAGGGAUAGAAAACAGGCGUGGGAGAGUGUGUGAACGCAACAGUGAAUGAGGGCUUUUUGUGGCUGGGGAUGGGUUUUGGUUUUGGGGGGUUUUUUUUAGUUGUUUUGACUUCGCACAGGGUACUUUUUCCCGACCUCAUCUGUCAGAAAUUCAUGUGGGCUUCCUGGAAAGAAAAAAAAAAAGAAAGAAAGAAAGAAAGAAAAAGAAAGAAAGAAAGAGAAAGAAAGGAAGGAAGGAAGGAAGGAAGGAAGGAAGGAAGGAAGGAAGGAAGGAAGGAAGGAAGGAAGGAAGAAAACAAACUAGGCAUGAAAUCAGUUUAGCCACCUUAAUCUUGAGCCGUGUCCUCAUCUGCCCACCCUCCCCAACCCAACCCACACACCUCCAUUCCACUUGUGACACCCCCUCCACUCCCUAGUGACGCUCCUCCCAGAUCACUCUACAUGACAUUCAGGACACACACACAUACACACACACACACACACACACCACUCGCCUCCACCGAAUCUACACACAGAUUUUACUGUGACUUCUGAAGCUGUAUAGACUCUGCUGUGGAUAAACUGGAAUUUUUUAUGUUGUCUCUCUCUCUCUCUCUCUCUCUCUCUCUCUCUGCCAAUUUCAGUACAAGUCAUCUACCAACGGAAAAUCAUUACCUUGAGAGUGCAUUCGGGGUUCCUUGUGUUAGGGACUUAAGAAUCUGAGGCGAGGACUCCCAGGCUUACCUGUAGGGCUCAAAGGGAGCCAGGACCCCAUCUGAAAGGGUCUCCUCUCUCAGUUGGGGGACGGGCCGGUGGCUGACCCAGGAUUGCACCAGCAUGUCAAUAGAGAAGAGGUUUUCUAUAUCUUCAAGCACUAUAUCAUAGUCCGUGUUCAAAGUGUAAACUGUACAGUAAUCAGCCUUGUGUAUAUGAAAAACAAUAAAUACUAUGCAAACCAAUA